UGGAAGCGGGUGACAUCACAGCAGGUCAGAGAAAAAGGGGUGAGCGGCAGGCGCGAGAGGAGCAGGGCGCUUGGCAUCAGGAGCAGAAGCCCAGCCCGCCCUGCAGGCCCGGGAGACCAUGCAGAAGUCGCCUCUAGAAAAGGCCAGCGUCAUCUCCAAACUUUUUUUCAGCUGGACAAGACCAAUUCUGAAGAAAGGGUACAGAAAGCGCCUGGAAUUAUCAGACAUAUACCAAAUCCCUUCUGCUGAUUCUGCUGACAAUCUAUCUGAAAAGUUGGAAAGAGAAUGGGAUAGAGAGUUGGUUUCAAAGAAAAAUCCAAAACUUAUUAAUGCCCUCCGGCGAUGCUUUUUCUGGAGAUUUAUGUUCUAUGGAAUCCUACUAUAUUUAGGGGAAGUCACCAAAUCAGUACAGCCUCUCUUACUGGGAAGAAUCAUAGCUUCCUAUGACCCAGAUAACCAGGCAGAGCGUUCCAUCGCCAUUUACCUAGGCAUAGGGUUAUGCCUGCUUUUUACUGUGAGGACGCUGCUCCUACACCCAGCCAUUUUUGGCCUUCAUCACAUUGGAAUGCAGAUGAGGAUAGCUAUGUUCAGUUUGAUUUAUAAGAAGACUUUAAAGCUGUCAAGCCGCGUUCUAGAUAAAAUAAGCAUUGGACAACUUGUUAGUCUCCUUUCCAACAACCUGAACAAAUUUGACGAAGGCCUUGCGCUGGCACAUUUCGUGUGGAUUGCUCCUCUCCAGGUGGCUCUGCUGAUGGGGCUGCUCUGGGACCUGCUGCAGGCCUCUGCUUUCUGUGGCCUGGCUUGCCUAGUAGUCCUCGCCCUUUUCCAAGCAGGGCUGGGGAAAAUGAUGAUGAAGUACAGAGAUCAGAGAGCUGGAAAGAUCAAUGAAAGACUUGUGAUCACCUCAGAAAUGAUUGAAAAUAUCCAGUCCGUUAAAGCAUACUGCUGGGAGGAAGCAAUGGAAAAAAUGAUUGAAAGCCUAAGACAAACAGAACUGAAACUGACCAGGAAAGCAGCCUAUGUGAGAUACUUCAAUAGCUCGGCCUUCUUCUUCUCAGGGUUCUUUGUAGUGUUUUUAUCUGUGCUUCCAUAUGCACUGCUCAAAGGAAUUAUACUUCGAAAAAUAUUUACAACCAUCUCAUUCUGUAUUGUUCUGCGCAUGGCAAUCACACGGCAGUUUCCCUGGGCUGUACAAACAUGGUUUGACUCUCUUGGAGCAAUAAAUAAAAUACAGGAUUUCUUACAAAAACAAGAAUAUAAGACAUUGGAAUAUAACCUAACGACUACAGAAGUAGUAAUGGAAAAUGUAACAGCCUUCUGGGAGGAGGGAUUUGGGGAAUUAUUCGAGAAAGCAAAACUGAACAACAGCAACAGAAAGAUUUCCAGUGCUGAUAACAGCCUCUUCUUCAGUAACUUCUCCCUUCUUGGUAGCCCUGUCUUAAAAGAUAUCAACUUUAAGAUAGAAAAAGGACAGCUGUUGGCUGUGGCUGGAUCUACUGGAGCAGGCAAGACUUCACUUUUAAUGAUGAUUCUGGGGGAACUGGAGCCUUCAGAAGGGAAAAUCAAACAUAGUGGAAGAAUUUCAUUCUGCUCUCAGUUCUCCUGGAUAAUGCCCGGCACCAUCAAAGAAAAUAUCAUCUUUGGUGUUUCCUAUGAUGAGUACAGAUACAGGAGUGUUAUCAAAGCAUGCCAACUGGAAGAGGACAUCUCCAAGUUUGCAGAGAAAGACAAUAUAGUGCUUGGAGAAGGUGGAAUCACCCUGAGUGGAGGUCAGCGUGCAAGAAUUUCCUUAGCAAGAGCAGUAUACAAAGAUGCUGAUUUGUACCUGCUAGAUUCUCCUUUUGGAUACCUAGAUGUUUUAACAGAAAAACAAAUAUUUGAAAGCUGUGUCUGCAAAUUGAUGGCUAACAAAACUAGGAUUUUGGUCACUUCUAAAAUGGAACAUUUAAAGAAAGCUGACAAAAUAUUGAUUUUACAUGAAGGAAGCAGCUAUUUUUAUGGGACAUUUUCUGAACUACAAAACCUACGGCCAGAGUUUAGUUCAAAGCUCAUGGGAUAUGAUUCUUUUGACCAGUUUAGUGCAGAAAGAAGGAAUUCAAUUUUAACUGAGACUUUACGCCGUUUCUCCUUAGAAGGAGAUGCUUCUAUCUCCUGGAAUGAAACAAAAAAACAAUCUUUUAAACAGACUGGAGAGUUUGGGGAUAAAAGGAAGAGCUCAAUUCUCAAUUCAAUCAACUCUAUAAGAAAAUUUUCAAUUGUGCAAAAGACUCCAUUGCAAAUGAAUGGCAUUGAAGAGGAUACUGAUGGUCCUUUGGAGAGAAGGCUGUCCCUAGUUCCAGACUCCGAGCAGGGAGAUGCAGUUCUGCUUCGCAGCAGUGUGAUGCACACUGGCCCCACGCUCCAGGGCAGUAGGAGACAGUCUGUGCUGAACCUGAUGACACACUCAACUAGCCAAGGACAGAGCAUCUGCCGGAGGACAACAGCACCCUCGAGAAAAAUGUCAUUGGCCCCACAGACCAACUUCACAGAGAUGGAUAUAUAUUCAAGACGGUUAUCUCAAGAGAGUGGCUUGGAAAUCAGUGAGGAAAUUAACGAAGAAGAUCUGAAGGAGUGCUUUUUUGAUGACGUAGAGAGUGUACCAACAGUGACCACAUGGAACACAUACCUUCGCUACAUCACUAUCCAUAAGAGCUUGUUUUUUGUGCUGAUUUGGUGCUUAAUUGUUUUUCUGGCUGAGGUGGCUGCUUCUCUAGUUGUCUUGUGGUUACUUAAAAACAAUCCUCCUGAGCAGGAAGGGAACAGGACUCAAAGUGGAAACAGUAGCUACGGCGUGAUUAUAACAAGCACCAGCUUCUAUUACAUUUUCUACAUUUACGUGGGCGUGGCCGACACUUUGCUCGCCCUGGGACUGUUCAGAGGCUUGCCGCUCGUGCAUACGCUAAUCACAGUGUCGAAAAUUUUACACCAUAAGAUGCUGCGCUCUGUUCUUCAGGCGCCCAUGUCAACUCUCAACACUUUGAAAGCAGGUGGGAUUCUUAAUAGAUUCUCCAAAGAUAUAGCCAUUCUAGAUGAUAUCCUUCCUCUUACCAUAUUUGACUUCAUCCAGCUGCUGUUAAUUGUGAUCGGAGCCGUAGCUGUUGUCUCAGUUUUACAGCCUUACAUCUUCCUGGCAACUGUACCAGUGAUAGCGGCCUUUAUUAUGUUGAGAGCGUACUUCCUCCGCACUUCACAGCAACUCAAACAACUGGAGUCUGAAGGCAGGAGUCCAAUUUUCACUCAUCUAGUCACAAGCUUAAAAGGACUAUGGACACUCCGAGCCUUUGGGCGGCAACCUUACUUUGAAACUCUGUUCCACAAAGCUCUGAAUUUGCAUACUGCCAACUGGUUCUUAUAUCUAUCAACACUGCGCUGGUUCCAGAUGAGAAUAGAAAUGAUUUUUGUCAUCUUCUUCAUUGCUGUUACCUUCAUUUCCAUUUUAACAACAGGUGAAGGGGAAGGCUCAGUGGGCAUUAUUCUCACUCUAGCGAUGAACAUCAUGAGUACGUUGCAGUGGGCGGUGAACUCCAGCAUUGAUGUGGAUAGCUUGAUGCGAUCAGUGAGCCGAGUCUUCAAGUUUAUCGACAUGCCAAAAGAAGGUGGGCCUGCCAAACCCGUCAAGCCAUCUGGGGAUGACCAGCUCUCGAAAGUUACGAUCAUUGAGAAUCAACACGUGAAGAAAGAUGACAUCUGGCCCUCAGGAGGCCAAAUGACAGUCAAAGACCUCACAGCCAAAUACGUAGAUGGUGGCAACGCCAUAUUAGAGAACAUUUCCUUCUCUAUAAGUCCUGGCCAGAGGGUGGGCCUCUUGGGAAGAACUGGAUCAGGGAAGAGUACUUUGCUGUCGGCUUUUUUGAGACUGCUGAACACCAAAGGUGAAAUCCAGAUUGAUGGUGUGUCUUGGGAUUCAACCACCUUGCAGCAGUGGAGGAAAGCCUUUGGAGUGAUCCCACAGAAAGUAUUUAUCUUUUCUGGAACUUUUAGAAAAAACUUGGAUCCCUGUGAACAAUGGAGUGAUCAGGAAAUAUGGAAAGUUGCAGAAGAGGUUGGACUCAGAUCUGUGAUAGAACAGUUUCCUGGGAAGCUUGAUUUUGUCCUUGUGGAUGGGGGUUAUGUACUAAGCCACGGCCACAAGCAGUUGAUGUGUUUGGCCAGAUCUGUUCUCAGCAAGGCAAAGAUCUUACUGCUUGAUGAACCCAGUGCUCACCUGGAUCCCAUAACAUACCAGAUAAUUCGCAGAACUAUAAAACAAGCAUUUGCUGAUUGCACAGUAAUCCUCUGUGAGCACAGGAUAGAAGCGAUGCUGGAGUGCCAGCGAUUUUUGGUCAUAGAAGAGAACAAAGUGCGGCAGUACGAUUCCAUCCAGAAACUGCUGAGUGAGAAGAGCGGCUUCCGUCAGGCUAUCAGCUCAUCUGACAGGAUGAAACUCUUCCCGCAUCGCAGCUCCAGCAAGCACAAGUCUCGAUCCCAGAUUACUGCUCUGAAGGAGGAGACAGAAGAAGAAGUACAAGAAACACGGCUUUAGGGAGUAGGCAAAUGUUUGCUUGGGACCUUUACUCAUGCAGAGGGAGGAAAAAAUCAGCUGCUUCAGAAAACCAAGACCGAUGAUGCUUUUUUGUAAAGGAACUUUUCACUAAGAGGAACUGAGGACAUUCACUUGGGUCUGGAUGGUCAAAUUGUGUGAGAGGUACUUCAAAUCCUUGAAGAUUUACCACUUGUAUUUUGUAAGUCAGAUUUUCCUGAAAACACUUGCCCUUUGGUAGUAGUUGGAAAGGUGGCUAUAAAUGUCAACAAGCUUAGUUGUUCAGCCUAUUGUUAAUGAAACUUUUAAUUCAUAUCACUGGAGAAAUGAAAUCAUACUGCUUAGAGAUAUUAUCAAUGAUAACUAGAAAAUUUGACGGUUUAUGUAGUUCAUAUCCCUUUUUCUCUCCUCUCUCCACAGUAUGUAGACACACAACUCUGCUAAACAUUCCAGCUAUCUCAUUUCCAAGAAAAUACUUAGAACAUUGCAGGAGUCACAAGACAGCCCAUUAACAGGCACCCACUCAACAUCUAGUGAUUAAUCAAGAAUGAGAACUUUCAGAUUCUAGAAGCCAGGGUUGGUACCUGCCAGCUCUAGCAAAUAUCUAAGUAAUUCAGAUAACCAGGAUACAUCCUGACCCAAGAAAUGACUGCUGUCAUCCUCUGUAAAGGAUGGGCUUACUUCCUUGAUGCAAAAAUUGACACGCCUUUGCCAUCUGUGGAAGUAGUCAAUUCAUAAAACCUUUGAACCAGAGAGUGGGUGGAAAAGUGUGUUAGUGAGAACGGCUACAGGACAACACCAAUAACAACACCAACUGUUCCUUCAUACCAGAGAAGCUGCAAGUCCGGUAUAUGUCAGUAGAGAGCCCGUGGAUACCAUAGGCAAGUGUCCAGGAAAUCUUAGCUUCCAGAGCCCAGGGUGAUAGCAGUGUGCUUCCAGGCUGGCUACACUUGCACUGUACUGUCUACACUGAGUGAGGAGACAAUGGGAAAUACCCUGAAGACAAUUCAGUCAUGAACUAGUUUUUUUAUGCUUCUGUUUUAUAAUUUUGUGAUGCAAAUGAAAUUUCCUCUGGGAAAUAUUUAUUUUAGUAAUGUUUCAAACUCCUAUAUGAUGCUGUAUUUUAAAAAUGAUUAUGAAUUAUAUUUGUAUAAAAGAAUUUUUAUAUUUGAAACGUUGAAAUUUUAUGGCACUACCUAUUUUCAUGCUCUAUCACAUUACAAUAAGGGUGGGGGAACUGGUGUGAUUUGGUCCGGGGACCAGGAGUCACCUUCAUGGUGUAAAGAGAAGAGUCGGGCUAGUGCGAGCCUUGUACACAUCUCUUACUUGUGGCACGCACACUCCUCUCAGGUGAAAAGAUGGAAUCCGAAAUCUGACUGUUCCUAGCUCGUGAAGACUGCCUCUCCCUCUCCAAACUAACCCUUAAGAAGGUUGCACUGUAUUUAUUACUAGAAGAAAACACCAUGUGUCAAUAAAGUCCUUAUAUUUGUGUGAA